UGGAAGAAUAUGAUCAAUCUAGAAAUGAUUGUUUGCCUGCUAGAAUGUAUUUAAAAGGGCCCGGCGGAGCAAUUAUCAAAGAAAUGACUACAUCAUCAAGGUUCAAGUUUAAGACAGUCAAG